CCCGCCCCGGGCCCCAGGCCCCUGGCCAGCCUCGGCCUAGGCGGAUCACGGCGCCAUUUCCCGUCCAAAGCUGGGCGCGUCAGGGAUUCCAGUUCACAAUGGAUGCUGAUCAAGAGAAAGAUUUGCAGAAAUUUCUUAAAAAUGUGGAUGAAAUCACCAAUUUAAUUCAGGAGAUGAAUUCUGAUGACCCAGUUGUGCAACAGAAAGCUGUCCUGGAGACAGAAAAGAGACUACUGCUUGUGGAGGAAGACCAGGAGGAGGAUGACUGCAGGACCACCUUGAACAAGACUAUGAUCAGUCCUCCACAAACUACUAUGCAGAGUACAGAAGAAAUAGACUCAGAGGCCUUCUUGGCAUCUGUGGAGAAGGAUGCAAAGGAACGAGCCAAGAGAAGGAGGGAAAACAAAGUCUUAGCAGACGCCCUAAAAGAAAAGGGGAACGAAGCAUUUGCUAAAGGCGAUUAUGAAACAGCCAUCCUGCGCUACAGUGAGGGUUUGGAGAAGCUGAAGGACAUGAAAGUGCUGUACACCAACCGAGCCCAGGCUUAUAUGAAACUUGAGGACUACGAGAAGGCACUGGUGGAUUGUGAAUGGGCUCUCAAGUGUGAUGAAAAAUGCACAAAAGCAUAUUUCCACAUGGGAAAAGCCAACCUGGCCCUGAAGAACUACAGUGUGUCUAGAGAGUGUUAUAAGAAGAUCUUAGAAAUAAACCCGAAGCUGCAAACCCAGGUGAAAGAUUAUCUGAAUCAAGUAGAUCUUCAGGAAAAAGCAGACCAUCAAGAGAAGGAAGCCCACAAACUGCUGGAUUCAGGAAAGAACACAGCCGUGACCACCAAGAACCUCCUGGAGACCCUUUCCAAGCCUGACCAGAUCCCCUUGUUCUAUGCCGGGGGGAUUGAGAUCCUGACUGAAAUUAUAAAGGAGUGCACAGAACAAACUUUAUUCAGAAUACACAAUGGAUUUAGUAUCAUCAGUGACAACGAGGUCAUAAGAAGGUGUUUUUCCACAGCAGGAAAAGAUGCAGCUGAAGAGACGGUCUGUGUGUCUGUUCUCAAGCUCUGGCAAACAGUGUGCAGUGGGAAUGAGGAAAACCAGCGUGUGCUAGUGAUGGACCGUGACAGGGGUAGGCUGCUGGCCGCCCUCUUGUCCUCCAGGGUCCUGGCCAUCCGGCAGCAGAGCCUGGCCCUGUUGCUGCAGCUCGCCCAGACUGAGAGCGGACGGAGCCUGAUCAUCAGCCACCUUGACCUGACCAGAUUGUUGGAAGCCCUGGUGUCAUUUCUUGAUUUCUCGGAUAAGGAGGCUGACACUGCUAUGGGACUGUUCACAGACUUGGCUCUGGAAGAAAGGCUCCAAGUCUGGUACCAGGCCAACCUUCCAGGUGUUCUCCCUGCACUCACAGGCGUUCUGAAGAGAGAUCCCAAGGUAAGCAGCUCCUCGGCUCUGUGCCAGUGCAUUGCCAUCAUGGGAAACCUCAGUGCUGAGCCUGCCACCCGAAGACACAUGACAGCCUGUGAGGAAUUUGGGGAUGGCUGCUUGAGCCUCAUGGCCAGGUGUGAGGAGGAUGUGGACCUGUUCAGAGAGGUUAUCUACACACUCCUGGGACUCCUGAUGAACCUGUGUCUUCAGGCUCCCUUUGUCUCUGAGGUUUGGGCUGUGGAGGUGAGCAGAAGGUGCCUAUCUCUACUAAACAGCCAGGAUGGAGGAAUCCUGACAAGAGCUGCUGGUGUUCUGAGCCGGACCCUUUCUUCCUCUCUGAAAAUUGUUGAGGAGGCCUUGCGAGCAGGAGUGAUAAAGAAAAUGAUUAAAUUCCUGAAGACAGGAGGCGAGACUGCGUCACGUUAUGCUGUAAAGAUACUAGCCAUCUGCACGAAUAGUUAUCAUGAAGCUCGGGAAGAAGUAGUAAGACUGGAUAACAAGUUGAGCAUUAUGAUGAAGCUACUCAGCUCGGAGGAUGAGGUUCUGGUGGGCAAUGCUGCCCUCUGCCUUGGUAACUGCAUGGAGGUGCCCAACGUUGCGUCUUCCCUGCUAAAGACGGACCUCGUGCAGGUCUUGUUAAGGCUCGCAGGCAGUGACACACAGAAGACAGCUGUGCAGGUGAACGCAGGCAUUGCUCUGGGGAAGCUGUGCACAGCUGAGCCCAGAAACACUCCCACUUCAUGUUCUUUGCCUCAGCCUAAACAAGUGGAGAAAUGGCCAGCAAGGGUCACACGUUCAUGCAGGAGAAAGCAGAGUGAAGCAAAGACAUAGAGCAGUGCAUCGAGGCCCCCAGCGAGCGAGGACAAGAGAUGUGGGCUGUAACUGUGCCCGUGCCUUCUCUGUUAGCUCAGACCUCCGCUCCGCUGUGCUCCUGUUCUGAUGUGUGGAUGCACCUCAUUGCAUGUGCUUCUGGGAGGUGUCCACAUGUGGCUGAGUGAAGGAGCCCCGCCAUAGAGCAGGGGUAAACCUUGGGGCUGGGUGAGAGAGGCUCCUUCCCUUACAGCCACAUGCCUUUAAUUCCUCCUCUGUAGAAUGAGGGGCUUGGCCUCGAUGAUAACUAAGGUCCUCUCUAGUUCUGUCUGGUGGUUCAAAUGGAAGGAAUAGUUAAAAUUUUUCU